AUGGACAUCGGGCCGAUUACAAUGCUCACGAGGAUGUGGAAUGAGCAGGACUUGAAGAGGAGCGAGCCCGAAACCCUGCAGGCGAUGUGGCCCCUUUUGAGCUUCAUUAGCGGCAAUGGAUGUAUGCUAGAGUCUCUGAAAUCCUACGCGGCUAUUGUCGUGGAAGCUGAAGUUGACCGAGCCAAGUAA